AUGACGACAGUUGAGAAGAUCAAGGCCAUCGAAGAUGAGAUGGCCAGAACACAGAAGAAUAAGGCCACAGAGUACCAUUUGGGUCAACUCAAGGCCAAACUGGCCAAGCUCCGUCGUGAGCUUCUCACACCAACCGGAGGAGGUGGUGGUGGAGGUGUCGGUUUCGACGUUGCACGUACAGGUGUGGCGACUGUUGGGUUCGUGGGGUUCCCGUCCGUUGGUAAGUCGACCUUGCUGUCCAAACUGACUGGUACGCACUCUGAGGCUGCGGAGUACGAGUUCACCACGUUGACAACGGUCCCAGGUAUCAUCAAGUACAAAGGUGCCAAACUGCAACUGUUGGAUCUGCCGGGUAUCAUCGAAGGUGCUAAGGAUGGUAGAGGUCGUGGUAAGCAGGUUAUUGCGGUUGCAAGAACUUGUAACCUGAUCUUCAUUGUGUUGGACGUUAACAAACCUUUGGCACACAAGCAGAUCAUCGAGAAGGAGUUGGAGGGCUUUGGUAUUAGAGUGAACAAGGAGCCACCAAAUAUCCUCAUCAAGAAGAAGGAGAAAGGUGGGCUGAACAUCACAAACACAGUCCCACUGACCAAGCUGGAUAAAGAUGGAAUCAAAGCCGUCAUGAGUGAAUAUAAGAUCAACUCUGCGGACAUUGCAUUCAGAUGUGACGCCACUGUUGACGAUUUGAUCGACGUUCUAGAGGCCUCGCAGCGGAAGUAUAUCCCAGCUAUUUACGUCCUGAACAAGAUCGACUCAUUCUCUAUAGAAGAGUUGGAUCUUUUGAAGAGAGUGCCAAACGCCGUGCCUAUCAGUUCUGGUAAGGAGUGGAAUCUGGAUGAGCUGUUGGAAGUGAUGUGGGACAGACUCAACCUCGUGAGGGUAUACACCAAACCAAAGGGCAGAAUGCCAGACUUCUCCGAGCCUGUUGUGUUGAGAUCUGACCGUUGUACCGUCGAAGACUUCUGUAACCAGAUCCACAAGUCCUUGGUUGACGACUUUAGAAGUGCCGUCGUCUACGGGUCGAGUGUUAAGCAUGCACCACAGCACGUUGGUUUGAACCACGUUUUGGAAGACGAGGAUGUUAUCACCAUCUUGAAGAAAUGA